GGUUUUUGCAUCAUUAUUCUGAUAGUACUAUUCAGGAAGGAUUUAUAAUUCAAUAUUAUUACAAUGUAAAAUAUUACAAAAUUGUACUAUAUGAUAUUAAGAAAUAUUCUUAUGUAAUUCUUAUUAGUAAAGGAAUAUAUAAGCAUUCUUCAUUCCCAUCUAGUAAAGUUUAUAAUAAAAUUACUAAUAAAUUAAAAGUUAUUAUCAAAGAAGCCUCUGAAGAAUUGGUGAAUAUUACACUACAAAACCUUAUUUCAAAUAACUUUAUUAAAGUGACAUUUGGAGUUAAUUACUUAACUCAAAUUUAUGCUUCACUUAACGAUAUUGAUAAAUUGAGAAGACUUAUAUCCAAG